AUGCCCUUCGGACUAAAACAUGCUCCCCAGAUGUAUCAACACCUCGUGGACAAUGCGCUAUAUGGGUUUCUGAAGAUCUCGCGAUCAGGCGACCUAGGAAGCACAAUGGACGUGUUCCAGGCAGGGCCCGCUGACGAUCCUGAUCGCCCAUCGGUGUUUGAACGUAGAUCAUACAUUGACGACAUCAUGGUUGCCACGGAAUCGUGGGGUCAAAUGUGCCAAAAGGUGGAAGAUCUGCGGGAAGCGUAUGAAAAGUGGAAUUUAUCGAUCAGUGUCAGAAAGAGCUUCUGGGGUAUGAGUAAGGUAGACUAUCUGGGACAUCGGGUAUCGACCGAAGGGCUAGAGGCGAAUCCAGAGGAGUUGAAAUCGCUAACCGAUCUACCAUUCCCCGGGUCACUUAGAUCCAUGCAGUCGUUCUUGGGGAGUCAGAAUUAUUACGGCCGGUUCAUUGAGGACUACGCCAUGUAUACCUCAGUUCUAUAUGAGCUACGCGAGGUAGAGUUUGCGGAACUGAAGAGACCAGAAUUCCCUACCGCGUCUGAUAGCGACCCACCGGGACCCCAGUCUGCGAUACCGUUCGAUGAGAGAUGGAUCAGGGCUUAUAAGGCGUUCGCAACUUUGAAGACUAAGAUCGCGACAACGCCGAUCCUCCGCCACUUCGACGAGACGAAAACGCCGGUGGUAAUUGUAUAUGCCAGUGACUUGGGAAUUUCUGCCUCAUUCAUGCAAGAACACAAUGGAAUCCACCAUCCUAUUGCAUUCGCCAGUUGUACGCUAAAGACAAACGAGUUGAAUUACAACGUGACAGAAAAGGAGGUGUUAGCGCUGCUGAGGAUCGUGGGCCUCUUCUACAACUUGUUGGUGGGACGGGAGAUCCGGGUCAUGACGAGACAUUCCACGCUCACUUGGCUGUUCAAGUCGGCAGGACUACAAGGUCGUCUAGGACAAUGGUCCGCCCUUCUGGCCUGA